GAGAGUUAUCGAUAACUCAAGACCUAGUGAAGAGCAGAACCUUGUUACUUGGGCACAACCUUUGUUCAAGGACAAAAGGAUGUUUCAUUUAAUGGCAGACCCAUUGCUUGAAGGGAACUACCCCAUAAAGGGUCUCUACCAAGCUCUUGCGAUAGCAGCAAUGUGUCUUCAGGAGGAAGCCAGUGUCCGGCCUUUGAUCAGCGAUGUGGUAACUGCUCUCGAGUACUUAUCUGUAAAUAAGAUCGAUGAGGCAGAAGCAGAGGAAUCAGUGUAA